UAUCGUUAAUUUUUUUUUAUUGACUUUAUAGAAAUUGUAGUUACAAAGUCGUAUUGAAAAUGAUUUAAGUUUUGUUAUACGAAAAGAAAAUAUGAUUUAUAGUCUGGUAUUUAUAGUUUCAUUACAGAUUAUUGUAAUCAAUUCCUAUCUACAUGAAAAGCCUCUUCACAAUACAUUAUGGAGUGAAAGGUGCAAAAAGCGUGAUGUAGUCUUGAAUGACUGUAACUGGUGUCGGUGUAAUGAAAGACAGAGGUACAAUUGCCAGGCCAGAGUUUGUGAUGAGAUCGACAUGUUCGGACACUUCAAAGAUGCCAUUCAAGCGAUAGACGUGGGCAUGGAAGGUCAUGGAGUAUGGAGGUCCUCACCGACUUCCUGUUCUCCUGGUAUCCACUACCGACGGGGAGCAAUGUUGUGCGUUUGUAAAGAGGACGGGAACUGGCCUAAUCCCGUCUGCAGAGAUAUUUUUCGUGUUCUACACUCAGUUGAACAUACUGCCUUAACUCACCCCACAUCAAACUAUACUUGUCUUCCCACCAAGCUCUAUGUUGUAGGAUGCAAUGUGUGUUUUUGCCCCUCAAGUGGAUAUUUAGAUCCAAAUUUAUGUACCCAAAACCAUUGUCACAAAGAUGACCCCAUAUUAAAAGCCAAUACUACUAAUAUAGCUCGAACUGAUGAUUUAGAUGAUGAAAAUCUAGAAAUAUAUGCGUCUUGUACUCCAAAUGAAAUGUACACUAUAGGUUGCAUGUCCUGCAAAUGUUUGAAGAACAAUAGGCUUAUUUGCGAAAGCUGUUCUAAAAAUAAAAAGACACUUCUAGUUCAUAAAGAAUCCGAUAACGAAUGCCAUGCUAAAGGAACUGAUGUUGUUUUUGAAACUAAUUGUAACCUUUGCUAUUGCGAUAAGAAUGAAAGAAAAAUAUGCACUGUUCGCAAAUGUAUUAAAGAUCGGCCAAAAUUAGAUAAUUAUAAAAAUAAAGGUAAGUUUGUGCUAACAUCAUCACCUGUAGAUGAUGAAGACUGCACACCAGGGACUAAAUUUUAUAAAGAUUGUAAUGAGUGUCAAUGCAUCAAACUAAGAAAUGGUAAAAAGCUCGUACGAUGUACUAAAAAAAUGUGUAGUAACACAUCGUCCAUAAAUAUCAUAAAAUCCGAUUGUGUUUUGAACUCCGCUUAUGAACUUAAGUGUAUGGUCUGCCAUUGCCGAGAAGAGAAUGGAGAGAAGGUGCAGACUUGUUAUACGAAAGCAUCAUGUACUGACAAAAAGCCCUUAAGUGCCUCAACACUAAGUGGUUACUGUGUACCGUUUAGAACAUACAUUGACGAUUGUAAUCGUUGUCGUUGCCUUAGCGACGGUGAUACUCUCUUAUGUGCUACUCACAAAUGUGUAAAAAAAGAUGCGGUUUCAGUGGAAGUUGUACCAAUUAAGAGGAGUCAAAGAGAUAUUUGUCCAAAAGGCGAGUCAUUUAGACUUAAAUGUAAUAUAUGUUUUUGUUUAUCGAAUAGUAACGCUGUGUGCACUACUGCUGAAUGUUACAAAAAUUCGUUCAAAAUAAAGCCUAUUAUACAUUGAA